AUGCCACCUCAAUUCCCAUCGAUUCAGUCAUUCUUUUCAUCGUCGUCUCCGCCAAAGUCAUACCCAUCCAGAGUAUCUGGGCCAUCUCCUCGUCACCCAUCUUCCUCCUCUCUCACCGAUCCUGGGGAUGGCUUCUCGGCGGACGAGAUCGAAGCAGUUCUGCACCCACCCUUACACCAAUGGACGCCGACUCAGGAAUAUGAAGAGGCUAACAUAGGCACUUUAGAGCCAGGCCCGAGGCCUAUUACCUUCAUGGGGCGGGUUGUCAACUUCUUCAACAUGUCUCAGUCGAGCAAGAGGCCUUUGAAUGCGAAGGGUUGCCUGAAGGUCAUGGUCGCUGAUGAUACUGGGGCGAUGACAAUCCGCCUCUGGUACGCAAACAUGGACUACAAGCUUCAUCUUGGCCAGUUGCUCACUGUCUGGACUGUCCACAUCUCUCACGCAGAACACAACUCGCUCGCACCUUCGGCCGCGCCUCUCUUUACUUCCAUUUUUCCCGAGCGGGAGCGGAGUUGCUACAUCAUGGUCCACGAGAACAGCGAUGAUGGAACAAUAUGCAAGAGGCCGCACAAUUGUAAGGAUACACAAACGUUGCCAGGGUUGAUCACGGUCAAGAAUUUCACAAACGGGGGCUACGAUAUUGACGACUGUAAACUGCUUGUCUGCGUCAGAAGCAUCGGCGCAAAAAAGAAGUUCACGAACAAAAGCGGGACCACCUCCGAGCUCAUCAGCAUUGGUGUAUUCGACGACACGGCAGAAGCCACGAUCACGCUUUACGGCGCGGUAUCUAGCUCAGCAUCGCGGUGGCAGCCUUCGCACACUGUGCUUCUGAUCACAAGUCCUGGUUGGAGGAUCGACCGAAUUGCGAAGCUAUCGCUGAACGCGAACACGAGAGUUGAUGUUGAUCCAGAUACGAAGGAUGCGGCGUGGCUGAGGUCUUUUGCCCAGCGGAUGACGAAGAAGGAGCAUAUUAACCCUACGUUUCCUGGCGGAGGCAAGUCCUUCCCACUCUCCGUCAUGGUGUUGGCUACAGCCUUGCGCGCUGCAGAGACAGCUUCUGUUCGGAUCCUCUACACAUUAGCUGACAUCGACGAAUUCGCUCGAGCUAACCCCAGAGAAAAAUUCACAGGCUUCAUCAGCGUCCUCAUAACCGAGCUCAACAUAGUCACAUACUACCGACGCAACAUGCUCAUGUGCACAGAAUGCUGCGGCAUCCCUCUCUACGCUAAUUCCGUAACAGGCAAGUGCAAACAAUGUGAGAGGAGUGUCGGCUUGAGAGUUAAUCCUCGUAUCCUCGGUCCAAUAAUUGACGAAACUGGCCAAAUCACGAGUGGCAAGCUGGUUUUCUCCGAUCUCGCUUGGGAACAGCUUCUCGGCCGUACGGCGGACCAGUUGGUUGGCACAGAUGUCGAAGUGCUUAAGUACCUUGAGCAGAGAAUGUUGUUUCUACGCGUAUCGUUGGGGUUUGGGUGGUGUGUUGAGGUCGGUGAUGUUGGCCGAUUAUGCAUCUGGGGUGUGAAGAUGUGA